CCGAGGAGGAGACGUGAAGUCGUCGCGCGGGGAAGAUGAACUCAGAACAGCUGUUUGUGGAGCUCAUGCACGCGCGUGGGGACUCGGAGGCGUCCUGGUUGAAACAUGUCCUCAGCUUUGUCUCACAGCAGGUGUGUCCCCUCCUCACUGAGCCCGCCCCUGCUGCUGCGGACGACUUAUUGACAGGAGCUGUGUUGUCUGAUGUGUGUGUGUCUGUCAGUGAGUGUGUGGUGAAGACGCUGCAGGAGAUCACAGGUGUCACUCACACGUUACCUGUCAGUUACAGGCUGGUGUCCGUCUCGGAGCUGGUGUCCCAGCAGCACCUGGCCUGUGUCAGUCACCUGUCCUGGAGCACCAAUCAGCAGCGAGCGUGGGCGAGGGAGGCGGAGCUCUCUCUACCAGGCAAAAAGGCUCUGCCACAGGUCAACUUGUUGCUGAUUGGCUGUCUGAGAGAGGGGCGGGGCGGAGAGUGGCGGCUGAUGAACAGCAGCGGGAGCGUCAGGUGUGAGUUCCUGUCUCUCUCUCCUCACUGGCUGAAUCGACUUGUCUUCCUCCCUCACUGGAACUACAUCCCCCACAAUGCCUUGGUGCAGGAUGAGGCUGGCGGAUAUGUCGAGGUGAUCGGUUCUCCUGUGCUUCUGUCUCCUGGUCCUGAGCAGGGAUUGGUUCCUGCUGAUGGAGGAGGGGCGGGGCUUAUUAAAGCAGUGGGAGUCAGAGAGGCUGCAGCCUUACUGCACAUCAGGGUUCCAGGUCAGAGAGCGUCUGUCUGUGGACAAGUGGGUUCAGUCUGCCCUCUGCUGGUCGUGGCAGGAACAACCUUCUUCUGCUUCACUCUGACUGAGGAGAGACACACGGUGUCCGUCCUGGUGAAGGACAGCAGCCGGUUGUGGUGGUCUCAGUGUGUGUGUGUCGGUCAGAGUGUGUGUGUGACAGCGUUGCGUGUGUGUGUGCUACGAGGCUGGAGAGGAAACAACAUCCUGUGUGUGACCGACCAGUCUGAAAUACACACAAACUACACACCAGCACACACACUUAUGAACGACACACACGCUGAAUCCCAGACAGACACGCCCCCUUCUAGGAUGUUGCACACUGAUGAUGAUGUUUCUGAGGAGGCGGAGUCAGAGGGAGGAUCAGGUGGAAGUUUGAAACAGGCCAGAGUCAUCAGUUACCAGGGCAUAGUGACCGAGGUGGUGAGUGAGGGGGCGGGACUGUACGUGAUUGACAGGAAGGUGGGUCUCUGCCUGGCCUAUCAGCCGACUCGGAGGAGGAGCCUGAGAGCAGGAGACCGUGUAGAGCUCCACAACGUCCAUUUCCUGUACAGGCCCUGUCCAGACUUCUUUCCCAGCAUGCUUUGCACAUGUCUGCGCUCCAGCAUCAGGGUCACCAGCUUCAGCAGGGUGGGGGGUUGUCCACCUGACACCAGCUGUCCAGGUGAUGGAGCGUUACCACGGUUACUGCUGGAGAAAAACAGGGGUGUGUCCGAGUACCUGUGGGCGUGUCACCUGAGCUCACAGCUCUCACACAGUCUGGUUCCCAGUGUGUUGAAGCAGCAGCAGCAGUGUGUGUGUGUGUUGUCCUGGAAACUGAUGGAGUUAAUGUGGGGACGAGAACGAGGACGAAUAAGACGGAGAGACAUCUACUCAGAGAUGUUGGACGAGUCUCACACGUGUCCUGUGACUCAGUACAGCGUUGACCCUGCAGUCCCUCAGUACGUCAGUGUCUCCGAGCUCGUCCUGUCUCUUCAGUCAGACUGCUGGUCUUCAGUGUCUCUCAGAUCUCUGUUGCCUCUUGAUGGAUCCAGUCUGACCAGUUCUGAGAUUAAUGCAGCUCUGGCCUGGUCCUGCUGGACUCAGAGGUCUGACCCCCGGGACGACCUUCACAUCGGAGACGCACUCAGACAGCGCCCCCUGCUGCUGGUGGGGAUUCUGGAGCUUCCAUCUCAAAUAUCUGAAAGUAAACACACUGUGCAGCUCCGAGACGGCACAGCAGCCGUGACCUGCAUCGUCACAGAAACCAGUGAAGAAGAGGAGGGAGGUCAGAGGGCGGCCUUCAACACUGCCUGGAUCGGUUGUCUGGUGUGUGUGCAUCAGUUCACCAUGGUGACGGAGAGAUUCCUCCAAUCAGAUUUCCCCUCCUAUCAACACCUGGACCAGGAGCAGUUCAUCACACAGAAAGAAUGCAGAGUUUAUCUUCAGUUCUCGCUGGACCAGCUCCACAUCCUCAGUCCAUAUGUCGCCAUGGUAACUCUUCUGAGACAGAGGGGCGUGGCGUCAGCAGGUGAAGAAGGGAGGAAGAGGAGGAGUGAGGAGACGGACUUCCCCCACUCUGCCUCCUCUGUUGCCAUGGCAACAGGCCCUGUGGGCAGCGCCUCCCUUCCCUGUGUUUCCAUAGUGUUCAGGGUGGAGCAGAAGGGGGGCUUGGCCUGGAGGAAUAUGGGUGAUGAGGUGGGGGGUUGUGUACUGGACUUCACAGUCAGAGUUGCAGUGGUUGGUCCAGUGGUCAGCUGGGGGCGUGACCCAAAGAACGUUCAAAUGACAGAUAGAGAGAUAAAGAGAGAGGAAGAGAAGGUGGUCCUAGUGUUCUCAGGUGGGUCUGCAAGAUGGUUCCCUCUCCUUCAGCCUGGAUGCUACUACAGACUUGUUGCUGCUAACGCACAGGAUCCCAGUGUUCUGAUUGGCUGUGAUGGUUCUGGGCGGAGUGGAAUGGUGCUGCACACUGACUCCACCCUACAAAUCCAAUCUGAUUGGAGGGUCCACACCCUGACACGCCCACUGCAGCUGCACACUUGCAGACAGGCUCUCUCGCCCACAGUGCUGUCUGUCUCUGACGUCCUGGACUGCAGCUCAGAGCUGGUUUAUUUUCAGGGUCUGGUGUGUGACAGAAUCAGUUUGAACAACAGGACGUCUGAAUGUGGACACACACAUACAAACACAGGUGUCCGUCUAACCAUGUGUGACCGAGGUGGGAGGAGUCUCAAGGUGUACCUGGACUUAAGCCACACACCCUACCCACCUGGCCUGUUGCCAGGCAACACACUGAGGCUGUCUGCUUUCCAGAGGAGGUUGUCCAGGACAGGAAGUGUGUACUGCAGCAUGUUGCCUGUCAGCUCCGUCAGUGUCGUCUCUCUGGGAGAUUCCAGAUCUACUCCACUGCCUCCUGGUCCCAUCAUGCAUCUGGGUCCAUGGGCUCUGAGCGGGGAGCAGAGUGGCACUGUGGGUCAGGUCAAAGGUCACGUGGUGUGUUUUCUGUUUGUGCAGCUGCAAUGGAGCUGCUCGCUGUGUGGGAGUGUUUACUCUCAGUGUUGUUCCAGUUCUCAGUGUCGUUCGACCACCUCGGUCUUUCAGUCCAAAGCAAAAUUGGUGAUCGACGACGGGACAGGUGAGGCUCACGUCUGGUUCUCAGGUGCUCUGGUUCGUUCUCUGCUGGGAUUGGCUGAUUCUCAGUGGGAGGGGCUUCAGAGGGCUCUCAGGGUCAAAGGUCACAUCAGAGUGUACCCACGUGGGCGGAGCAUGGUGUGUGACGACGACGACCCGCUCCUCCACUUCCUGUCGGCCGUGUGCAGCAGUGAUGUCGUGUGUCGGCCGCUCUCGCUCACCUGCAGGAAACACAACAACCAGAGACCAGAGGAGAGGAGGAGAUUCAGUCGAGGAGACAGAGACUUCAUGACCAGGAUGACUCCGCCUCUCCAGCUCACCUGUCUGACUGUCACACCUGACGUCACGUGACUGGAUGUGUUGUCAUGUCAUGGAGGUUAACCUUAGCUCAUGUGAUCUGAGGUCACCUGACUCCCUCACAGGAUGUGGUUUAGGGUGUUAGUCUCCACGUGACCACCAGGUGGAACCAUUUCAUGUGUUUUAAUGAUGUAAAUAAAGUUUCAGGUGUUC